UGGGGCCAAAGGGGUCUGACUUGGGGCUGCCGCCUGGUUCGUAGGUGGGACAGAUGCCGGGAAGCAACCUUCGACAGUCGUGUGGCCUGGUGUCCUCCACCCUCUUGGUGCUUUCCCUUUCUGCCACCCCUCGCACUAGCAGGCUGUGGGCCAGACGGGGCCCACAGGCGGGGACAGAAGACUAAGCACAUGGACUGGAAAUUGGAAGGGAGUGCUCGGAAAACAGAGUCACGCGUGCUGCAGGAGCAAGAAGUCAUCCUAGAGGACACAGGUGAAGACAGCAUCUCUGAAAGCUUCCAGCUUCUACAGAUUGAUGUGGAAUGUGAGCAUCUGGAGGGAGAGACACUGCCCACAGGCAGUGCAAUGUGGUGCUCAAAAAAUGUCCAAAGAAAACAGAGACACUGGGAAAAGAUAGUUGCAGCAAAGAAGAGCAAAAGAAAGCAAGAAAAAGAAAGAAGAAAGGCCAAUCGUGUAGAAAAUUCAGGCAUCUGCCCCCAGCACAGCAAACGUUUUCUGAGAUCCUUAACCAAGGAGAGACUUUUGGAAGCCAAACACUCAGGACCAAGACUCUGUAUUGAUUUGAGUAUGACCCACCACAUGUCUAAGAAGGAGUUAAGUAGACUGGCUGGACAGAUCCGAAGGUUGUAUGGUUCAAAUAAAAAAGCUGACAGGCCAUUUUGGAUCUACCUCACUGGAUUCACAACAGACAGUCACCUGUAUGAAGAGUGUUUGAGGAUGAAUGAUGGAUUUUCUAGUUACCUGCUAGACAUAACAGAGGAAGACUGCUUUAGUUUAUUUCCUCUGGAAACCCUUGUGUACCUGACUCCUGAUUCAGAACAUGCUCUUGAAGAUGUUGAUCUAAACAAAGUUUACAUCCUUGGUGGACUUGUGGACGAAAGCAUCCAGAAGAAGGUGACAUUUCAAAAAGCCCAAGAGCACUCUGUCAAGACAGCCCGCUUGCCAAUCCAGGAGUACAUGGUCAGAUGCCAGAAUCGGAAAAACUAUCAUUCAGAGAUCUUGGCCAUCAAUCAAGUCUUUGAUAUCCUAUCUGCAUACUUUGAGACUCAAAACUGGCCUGAAGCAUUGAAGAAAGGAGUUUCUUCCAGAAAAGGCUACGUUCUUCAGAACUCAGUGGAGUGAUGGACAGACAGCCUAAGAAGUUGCAGGGGUGGGGAAGUUGCUGAAGGUGCCUUGACCGAAAAGCAGAGCAGAGGGUGGCGAUGGCACACACUUGCCUUUACUUCACAUCUUGGAUCUUCACUAGAAUAUAAGUUACUAAUAACAGGGACCACAUUUUACACUCUUUUCUAUCUCUGAGUGCCUGGCUCACAGGAAGAGCCCAGAUAUAUCACUAAGUAAAAAGUUUACAUAACCAGGAAUUAGCCCAAAACUACAUGGCUUUGGAUGUAUUAAUUCAUCUUUUAUGUACCUAUUUGUGAAAUACCUAUUCUUUAGAGAUAGCUUAAAUAAUUAAAUAAUUAUUAUUAUAUCGAG